CAAAAAGAUUUUUUUACUUUCCAUGUGGCCUUAGAAGGCCUAGUUCUGUCUUCAUUUUGAGGUCGCUGAAAAAAUGUCUGGUUGUUCUUGGACUAGAUUCACCAUCAUGUAUCUAUGAAAUAUAUUACAUAAGAUACUAUAAAAACAAGCCUAAAUUCCCAUACACCAAAGGAAUCAAACUGAAAAUGGAAACGCCUGCAAACAACAUGAAGGAAACUUGACACAAAACAGAUAUUUCACUGUGUACAAACAAUAGCCCUUGGCUGAUAAACGGAAAGAAGUUUUAAGGUUGUUUGYAUUGUCAUGAGAUCACAUCUUGCAGAAUCACAGAUCUUCUUCAAACUACUGGGCACUUUCUGAUUGUGUGCGAAGGGACUGCAAAAAGGAUUUGUGAGAUGUUAUUUGUUAAUAGCUAACAGACUGAUUUUGUUCUAGAUCCGUAUUUUCUAGUCUUGCUGAAAACAGUGUAAUCUUCUGCGUCCCUAAGAAAGCUUCUCUCUGUGUUGGCAAGGAAAUGAUAGAAGAAUGUAAUUAAGCAAAGAUGACCCUAAAGUGAAAUGUGGAUUCUUUACAAUAUACAGUGUCCUUCCCACCAGCCACAUGUGUUUGUCAGAUGUUUACAGAAUCUUCAUUAACUAAGAGCUUUGCUAGAUAACAGAAGCUGAAGCAUGGCAUCAAUGACUCUGAUAAGGGCAAGUGUACGACCAAUCUGCUUGACAACUGACAAGAGGCUGGGGUUUGAAGCAGACUGCAAAAAGAACACAAGAAAGUGAUUUGCAAAGGGCAUUCCAGUUGUUUGCCUUACAUCUUCUUUCCUCUGUCUGUAUUGAAACAAGACUGUUAAUCAGCUAAAAUACCCUCGUCCUCUUGUCUCUCCACCAGAAAGUAAAUAUAGAAGAAAUGCAUUGUUUUGGAGUAUUGGCUGCACUGUCUGUUUUCAACAUCAUUGCUUGUUUGACAAGAGGCAAGCCUUUGGAAGACUGGGACAGGCUAUCAGCUAUGGGAAAGUCUGAUGCACACUUUCACGAUCCUGGGGAAGUAGAAGAUGAGACUCAUUUCAACUUUAAAUCUUUCCUGGAGAAUAUGAAGACAGAUUUACUAAGGAGUUUGAAUUUGUCAAGAGUCCCCUCGCAAGUGAAGACCAAAGAGGAACCACCACAGUUCAUGAUUGAUUUAUACAACAGAUAUGCUGCAGACAAGUCCUCCAUCCCUGCAUCCAAUAUUGUAAGGAGCUUCAGUACUGAAGAUGUUGUUUCUUUAGAUUCACCAGAAGAAAAUCCAUUUAAGAAAUACAUUUUGUUCUUCAACAUCUCUAUUCCACAAUAUGAGGAAAUCACCAGAGCUGAACUGAGAAUUUAUAUCUCCUGUCACAGGGAAGUUGGGUCGCUAUCUAGGCUGGAAGGCAACAUGGUAAUUUAUGACGUCCUAGAUGAUGGUCACUGGGAAAACCCAGAAAGCACCAAAUCUUUCCUUGUCUCCCACAAUAUCCAGGAGUGUGGUUGGAAGAUGUUUGAAGUGUCCAGUGCUGUGAAAAGAUGGGUCAGGGCAGACAAAUUGGAGACUAAAAAUAAGCUAGAGGUUGUUAUGGAGAGUAAAGCUCUGGGUAGUUUUACUUGUGGGAAGCUGGAUAUCAGUGUUACCCCUGAUACUAAAAAUGUGCCCCUGUUAAUAGUGUUCUCCAAUGAUCGCAGCAAUGGGACAAAAGAGACCAAAGUGGAGCUCCGGGAAAUGAUUGUUCAUGAACAAGAAACUGUGCUCAAGAAAUUAGGAAAGAACAACACUUCAUCUGAAGAAGAACAGCAGGGAGAGGAAAAGGCUAUCACUGGGUCCCACCAGCAUUCCUCCAGAAGCAAGAGAAGCAUUGGAGCCAACCACUGCAGGAGAACUUCCCUCCAUGUGAACUUUGAGGAGAUUGGCUGGGAUUCCUGGAUCAUUGCACCAAAAGAUUAUGAGGCUUUUGAGUGUAAAGGAGGUUGCUUCUUCCCUCUGACAGAUAAUGUCACCCCAACAAAACAUGCUAUUGUCCAAACUCUGGUGCAUCUCCAAAAUCCCAAAAAGGCCUCCAAGGCCUGUUGUGUUCCAACCAAACUGGACUCAAUCUCCAUUCUUUACAAGGAUGAUGCCGGUGUGCCCACUUUGAUAUAUAACUAUGAAGGGAUGAAAGUGGCAGAAUGUGGCUGCAGGUAGUAUACAAGGCAGAAUCUCUAAGAAUAGGAACAUCCCCUAUUUCUGUCCUGCAAAUCUGUACAAUAGUGAUGCAAAUGAAGACCAUUGCAAACAAGGUUUGGAGCAGGGUGUGGGGCUGAUUGUUGUUGUUGCUGCUUGUUUUAAAGGAAAACUGGCAUUUAAAGAAUAGCCAUCAUUGUAAAUAGCCUGCAUUAUGUAUCAUGACAAAGUGAAUACUGGAUUAAAAUAUUGUGAGAUUGGAUGAAAUAUGCAUUAUUKGAUGACAGUGAUACAACCUCAAUGCCUUAUUUCAAACUUUCUGUUUAAUUGACUGUACUUAGGUCACAAAUUAGAAGKUUUUCAAUGGGGGUUUAAGAUGUCCUGCAAACAUUUAACAGCUAUUGAAAUCUAAUUCCCUCAGUCAACUCUGACAUUUUCAACUUCUGUAAAAUGCAGUAAAUGGAAUGUUGCCUGCAUGAUAAAGUCAGGAAUCUAAAUCCAGGAAGCCUUUUCUUGUAUCAGUAAUCUCAGAGGCUUUUACAGACAAAUUUUUUGUUCCUGUAAGUGAAGAUUUGCAGUAUUCAAAACAGAAGAGACUCUCACUUAUUUCACUCCCAAGUUUCCUUCUGUGGGUAGCAGGUGCCUUAGUUUCAGCUUUCUUAUCCUCAGUGCCCCUAUUUUUACCCCUUUAUGGCACAUACUUGAAUGAUAAGAAGUGCAGCCUUCCGCUUCUAAGACACUGUUUCCUAGGAGGAACAGCAGCCCUUAUCGCUGCACAAAGAUAAGGAGCCACUUUGACCUACUGCAUAUUCUUAGUAUUUCUUUGCAAGAACAUGCAGUCAAACCAUGUCCAGCCUUAGAAACUGUAUCCUAAGAGCAGUGGGGGUUGACAGAGCUCAGCACUUUUGAAAAGCCCACACUGCUAAUUUAGAGGCCUAAAUUUGUUGUUCAGAGUCUGACAUGAGGUUCUGAUUUUUUAAAAAUUUCUUCUUAUGAGCAACUGCAUUUUACAAAUAAUUUUUUUCACCCCUUAGAAGUCUGGGAAAAAUGGAAAACUUCUGUGUUCUAUGAGACUUAUACUGCUGUAUGAGAAAUACGCUAUCAUACUACCAUGCUCCUGACUUCAGUUGUAUUUUCACUAAACAAGGACCCCAUCUUUCCUCCAAUUAAACUUCCUUUGAUGCUAGUGAAGGUUUUGUCUGCAGAAGGACAGAUCAUCUUUUGUUGGCUGCAUGAGAUAGGUGUAAACGCUGUACAGUGUCACCAUAGUCCAUCUUACUUCUACUCUUUCACGACCUUACACACACACACACAGACACACACACAAAUCUACCUGAGAACACUUCUGAACCAAAUCCAUAACAAACUUCACAGUUGUUCAUAAUGGUGAUGAAUACUGAUGAGGCAAAAAAUCUAAACAGUACUUUAAUGCAUGGAAGCAACAGGAUUUAAAUUGAUCCAUAUGUUUUGAAUUAGGACAGCCUGUGGGCAAGACAAAUUCAUUUGGCAUGAACAGGUCAGCUUGAAAUCUAAUACACAGUUUAUUUACUAUUGUUAACUUAAUACAGAGCAAAUGGCAGGUGAGUGUGAGCAGGGCAGUUGUAAUUCCAUCAAGAACUGCUGGUUAGAUCACAAACCAUAAGCCCAAAGCAUGAUUCACUAGAAUUCUGUACUGAUUUAUAGUAUUUUUUUCUUUAGAACUGGUCUGCAAUUGGAUCAGAUCUGAGAUCUGGGUCCAUGCAAACUCCUUUCCAUCCCUAGCUGCAUGGCAUUAACCUCUUAAGCUUCCCACAGCAGCAACAUUUUACCAUUCCCCACUGGCUUCUGUCAUGGUACAGUCAUCAUUAUAUCUUCCUCCUGCCACAGCCCCCUGUAUUGUCUCCCUGUUUUGCUCCUGUCUCCAAAGGUCUUAACAUUUUGCAAGACUUCUCUUAAUCAAGUGACAGAAAUGACCAAACAUUCACUUGGUGUGAUCACAUUAGAAGACUUAUUCACCCUGGUAAUUGUAGUUAUGUGCCAACAAAUCGUAGCUAUGUGCCCCUCAGUCAUCUAUACACUAGUUAUAUUUUGACUUCACUGAAUACAGGAUGUUGUCCAUAAUUAAAUAAAAAGUGGGGAAAAGGAAAAACCAGUUCCCAUAUCUUACAGAAAUAAAUUCYCAAGGAUCAGGGAGGACCAGUGGCAGGGGAUGGGUGUCAUAUUCUGAAGUCAAACAUGGAACUUUAUUUUCCUUAUUUGGAGGGAGAAAAAACACCCAAAGCCAUUUUUUGGCUCAAAACCUCAGCUCCUAGCUAUGCUAUCAGAAUUCCAGAGAAGACCCACAGAUCCCAUCCCAAAACUGGACUAUAAGUCACUUCUGUAUUUCAAUGAAAAAAAUCAAUUGAGCUUCCACCCAGCUUUAAUGAUCAUAUCCCCAUUGGCUUAACAUUUUGGUUGGCAUGGUAGUAAAAUGAAACAUGAAUCUUUCCCAAGGAUGUUGAACAGGGUCAAGAAGAAAUGCAGCACUGACUACAGCUGCUACUACCUUCAGCAUGGCUGAAGUGCGUGUCAAAUUGAUGUUUGGCUUUACAUUUAGCAGCUUGAUUUAUGUAGUGUUGCACAUUUAAUUUGAAAUAAUUGUUUGAGUUCCCUCGUAUUUCAACUGCUUCGGGAUGCAACAAGACAGCCAGGUUGUCGUGAUGGUUCUAAAGAGUACAGGCUGUGAAAAGCAAGUAAGGAUCUUGCCCCUGCUUCACGCUGGGCUCCACUGGACACGAAGAAAUCCCCCUCUCAUAACUGGAUUAUGCAUGCUGACCAGCAGCUUGCUGUUACUGAGGAGCAGGUUGGGGCUUGUGCAGUAU